UCCAUGGCUAAGCGCUUGGUUGAGUACUACCCGAUGAUUAAGGACAAGUCAUCUGACAAUGUGUGGGAGAAUGUGUCAAGGAAGCUCAUGAAGAGGCUCUCUAACGUGAAAAGUCCUGUGAAAUCCAAGGGUCCACCUGUUAAAGUACAACGUCGAAAUGAAGAUGCUGAUGACAGUAGUGAUUGGGACUCCAGUGCAUCAACUGUCAUCUUGGAAAGAUCACCAGCCAGUACAAGCACCCCAAAACGACUGACGGACAACAAUGAUGAACCAUCCACAGGUUCAGGAGACUUAUUGGACAGUGAAAAAAGCCAGGCAAGACACUAUCGUACCCUCCAGGAUAUGUACAAGUCUAAGAAGCCGAACAAAGCUGCGGUUUCUCAUCUUCUUGAUUUGGAAUUCCAGUCCCGUAGACAAUUCAUUGUCUCUGACACUCUCAAAGAACAAGACAGACCGGGGAAGAUUUUAGAUGCGUACCCCUGCUUCCGAGAACUUGACCACAUCAUGGACGAGCUACGGAGGAUAAUAAACCCUGACAAUCCAGACUACAUUGCCAACAUUAAGGACAGAUGGGAAACUUUUUAUGGGAAAGUGCAGUUUUAUGGCGUAAUGAGAAAAUUCAUGAAGCCUCCAAAGACCUUGGAUGGAGUGGAACAUGCUACUGCAGUGUUCUCUGCUCUUCCACAACUUUUUCAAUCACCUGCCAUGGCGCCCAAAAAGACACGCACCCCAAGCAAAGUCUUUUUUCACAUUUUAACGUCCUGUGAGAGCCCAGACUCUUUUCUCCUAACUCGAUCCCACCCAAUCGUCCUGUUGGGGCAAGAAAACUGCCUCCUCUCAAUUGGGCCCACCACACUGUGCUCCUUUCCAAAGAUAAAAUUCCACGAGGCCAUCCUCUACCUGAUGGGCUGCUAUUACGUGUUUCAUUUAACAUAUCCGAAAUGCAUUGCCACACUGCUAUCUGUCAUUCAGACAGAAGUUCUCGGGGAUGGGCUGCAUGAGAGGGACAUCACCCCAUCCUACAAGAGAGCAAUCGCCGACUGGAAGGCAUUCAUAGACUGAGGGCGGGGAUUCGUUGAACACACACAGACAAACAACCACACACACAC